AUGUCUAAAUAAAAUGUUAAGGCCACAUCAUCAACUCUUGCUGAAUCGGCAUAUAUGAAUGAAAUACAAUUAAGCUAAUAUAACUUUAGUUUAAGUGUUGCUAAGAAUAUCUUAUAAGUAUAAAUUGAAAUUACUCCUGAUUCUUAAAUGAUUUAGGCCAUAGAAACUGCUAUUGAUUAUUUUAAUCAAAUAUAUUAUGAUUAAGAUAUAAAUGAAAAUGUUGAAACUUAUGAAGUAUUCUCUGCAGAUCAAAAAGGAAAUCCUUUAAAAACAAAGUUUAGGACAGAAUAAUUACUUUAAGAAAUAGAAUGUAAAUCCUUUGCUUUAGUUUCUAAAAAGAAGGGAACUUUAUUAUCUAUUUUAAAACAACCUAUUUUAAAAGAAUCUCUAAUAAAAGGUACUAAAGAAUUGCCUAAGUUCAGAUAUGAUACUACUAUUACCAAAUGA